AUCCCAUAUCCUUCAUUUCUUAUUUACCCCUUGGAUGAGUUCCGUUGGUGGGUCAGUUAGUGGAUCUCCAGUUAGGAAGAGGCCGCGCCAUGCUGAACAAGGGUUGGGGGGACCUCUGUUGUCUUUGGCCGUGAGGUGUCUCCUAUUAGGUUGCUGUGAUCGGGCCCAUGGGACCCUCUUCUCUAGGAGUCUUGGGAGGACCUCCACUUUUCGCGUGGCGCUGGACACGACCGAGGCUAAGGCAGGAUUGCUCCGGGACCAGCUUGCUGAAUCCGACGGUCGCGUAUCUUUUCUGGAAGUCGAGCUGGAGAAGUUGCAUCAUCAAGCGGAAUAGGUCACGGAAUACGUCGGAGCUCGCAACUUUUCCUUGGUGGAACGUUUGGACAAUACCGGUGCCAUGUCCGGGAUAUUGUCGACUCCACGUACACCGAGGGACAUCCGUAGCGUUGCUUGUUGGGGAGCUUCGGUUCGGCCGCAGUCUCCUGGAUGUCAUUGGCCCACCUUCGUCUCUCCUAGAUGAUAGACUAGAGGACAUCCUGGAGGGCUACGAUGAGGCGCCCAGUCGUGUCAUGGACAAGUUGUCUAUAGAUAAUGUUGUCCGCAAGGCCUGGUGACUCUAUGGUGUAUCAUGUCUUGACGUUGUAUUCCCAUGAGAGAAUAUAAUAAUAAUUUUUACUUUCAAUCGU